AUGAGCACCGUCAACGGGACCUCCGACACCUCCGGCACGGACAAGAGAAACGACUCGCCUCCCCUCACGGAGCUCGAAACCGCCGAGAUCCUGCAAAGCAUCCGCAACUCCACAACCCAACCCUCGACCACCCUCCCCGCCGAUCUCGCCGUCUCUCUCGACUUACACCGCCCGACGACCGAACAAACCGACCUAGCUUCGUACUAUUGGGAUGCGUCUACGAUGGCACCGCUUAACGCAGUCUCGGCGGCCGCCAUCGCGCGUCUGCGCGCCUACAAGCCCCCACCCUUCCCGACUUGGGACCGCUUACCGGUGAGCCGGCGCGCUGCCGUGCUGAUAUUAUUAUUUGCGGAUCGGAGGGGUGAUUUGAGGGUUGUUAUUACGAUGCGGGCGACUAGCUUACGGAACUUCUCCGGUCACGCAGCUUUCCCCGGCGGGAAAGCCGACUCAUUAUCAGAAUCACCGUAUCAAAUAGCCCGCCGCGAAGCAUGGGAAGAAAUCGGUCUUCCCAUGGACGACGCCAAGAUCCCGAAACCCUUCCGAAUAGAACCGCUUUGCUGCCUACCAUGCAGUCUCGCGAAAACCGAACUAGCCGUACGCCCAUGCGUAGCGUUCCUACACGCCGACGACGUGCCUGGAAAACCGAAAGCGAUGGUCGAUGAGAGUAUGAUACCCCGACUAGACGCGAAGGAAGUGGCAGCGGUCUUCAGCGGCCCUUUUCAUAAUUUCUUAAAGAUGAAGGACGAGCUGCAUGAGGGCGAGACGAUACCACCGGGGGACUGGUAUGAUGGGUAUUGGCACCAUUGGCACAGUGAACCAUGGCGUGUGCAUAAUUUCCACGUCCCGGUAAACAACCAGAAGGUAACAAAACCGAAAGUCCGAGAUGGCGGACAAGCUGCCCUAGCGGAUGAGUUGGAAGAAGAGGAAGACACAGUUCAACGAUUUUUGGUCUGGGGUCUUACGGGAAGGAUGUUAGUGGACGCGGCGAGAAUCGCGUAUAACGAAGAACCCGAGUUCGAGCAUAACGACCAUUACGGGGACGAACAUAUCAUAGCAUAUUUAAACGACGCUGGUCGACUUCCGGAAAAGAAGAAAAGGGAGGUGGGACUAGACGCUCUUAAAGACGAGGUCAAGGAUGCAAAGAUGUAG